GACAAGGAAUACUUAAUUUGUUUUAUUGGCAAGUGCUGAAGAACUAAUGCAUAAGACUAAUACAUGAAAUAUUGAUUUAAUAAGACAACUUAUUAAAAAGAAAAAAAACAAGCGGUAUAAUUUUUUAAGGACACUGAAGGCAUCGAAAAGAAAGGUGAUAAAAAAUAAAAAAUUUUGCGAAUCUGUUUCACUAAUGGAUGACGACACAUUUUAUUCCCAUUUUCGAAUGCAAAAAAAAUACCUUCAAGAGGUUGAUAACAAUGUUAAAACCAAUGUGGACCGAAUCAUCAGCGGGUCGUCCUGCAGCUUCCCUAGAAAAAGCAUUGCACCUGACAAUUUGGAACUUGCGAAUAACACAUCAUUUCGACAAAUUAGUGACAGAUUUAAUGUAGGAAUGGGCGCUACGUAUAGAACUUUUAUUAAAUCGCUCAAACUUAUAUGUCGCUUAAAAUCGACCUUAAUAAAAUUUCCAAGUACUACUGCAGCUCAACAAAAGAUCGCGGAUGGUUUUUCACAAAGUCGUUACAACAUAUUUCCUUUUGUGUUAGGUUGUAUCGAUGGGACACACAUCCAUAUAUCACAGCCAAAACACGAUGCCAUUAGUUUCUAUAACAGAAAAGGAAUGUUUUGCAUCAUUGCACUGGCCGUUGUUGACAGCGAGAUGAAAUUUUUGGACAUCUUUGUCGGUUGUCCCGGGCGAUGUCAUGACGCUUCAGUAUGGCAAAGAAGCCCACUUCGAACAGCUAUAAUUAACGGCGAAAUAAGUAUUCCCCCAAGUCAUCAUUUCUUAGGCGACGCAGCCUAUCCACUGGACACCUUUCUAAUGGUUCCGUACCGUGACAAUGGCUUUUUAACACCGCAACAGAGUAAGUUCAACACUAUUUUAAGCUCCAAUAGACAUAACACCCAUUUCAUCGAACUGGAGGAAAAGGAGUCAGAAGUUGGCGUUAGCAUUCCAUCGCUGGCAAGAGAUGAAGCACAAGAGAAACGAAAAGGCUUGGCAGCGUUGUUUUCAGGCUGA